CUCUAAAGAGGGAGGGAGGACGAAAGAGAGGGAGAGAGCCAAAGCGAGAAAAAGCAAGCGCUCUAAAUGGUGCUCUCCUGACUCUCUGCAACCUUCUAACGCCAUUUCAUGCUCGGAUCUCAAUAGCAUUCUCGCUCCGUGUGCAGCGUCUGGCUUUCGGACCAAAGGACACUGUUGGGAUUUGUGAACGACCAGUUUAAAGAGGAAAGACAGAAUCAAGAGAAAAGAACAAAAGGGGAACCUAGCAGUGGAUGGCAUGGGAGCUUGAUGCGUCCUGUCUUUUGCAGCAUCAGAGGUGGUUUAUCUUCACUCUCGCCUUCCUGUUUUUAAAACACUCAAGCUGUCAGUAGCUGCAUACUGACAGGCCAUGUGUGUGUAAAUAAAGCUCAGCGCUCUUAUAGGCUGGGCACCAAGCCAGCAGUGGAACCCUGGAGGUAGAGCACUUUGAGCACCACUGACUGACUAGAUCAACAAGUCUGACAUGAGACAGUUCCUCAGAAAGGCAUCUAAAUCUCCUACAUAAAAGUCUACUACAAAGCGAUGUGUGUGCUGGCAUUGGUAGAAUUGAGUGCAGCACUGAACCAAACGAGGCAGCCUGAAGAACGAGAAGGCAAGAGAGCAUGCGUGGGGGUGUGUACUGCUUUGGAAUUGUUUUCACCCAGCUGUGCCUUCAGACCCGUCCGUUUUUAGAAAGCCACACGUGCAUGUAGCAGUGUUUUUUGCUUUUUGUCACCAGUGCAUCGGAUCAUGGGAAGUGCUCUCUGGACCUCCCGGUGUUGCCUUUCACAUGGGAAUGCAAUAUUAUCGGACUACAGUGAAGUCUGAUUGAAGAGAUUUAGUGCUUCCUUUUGGACUGCAAAAAGUUACCAUGCUGACUAUUUAGUGAGAGAAUACUUAUCGGCUGUAAUGGCUGGAGGAACAUUAGUGUUGAUUUGUUUUUUUUUUUUUCUUUUUAAGUCUAAUUUGUUUUUAGUGGAAUCUUUUGUUUGCUAUGCUCAGCUAGUGGAGCGUAGCUUUGCUGAAUUAAGCUAUUGUUUGAACAGAGUUCUCUCACGCUGCAGACAUUGAGCUCCUCCUGCACCCCUGCAACCCCUAAACCAACCAAGACCACCCCCUCCAUCCUCCCUCCCUGGUCCCCUCAUCUGUCCCCACCGAUCCCCCUACACACCUCCUCUUCAAUUCUUAUGGUGGAGACGCUGAAGUGUGCGUGUGUGUUUUGCCUGAAAAUGCAUGUGAACCUCUAACUCUAAGCCUGGAUUUGGAAUCUAUUUAGCAGCUGAAGAUGUCUGUUUGAAAUUAACGCUUAACCAGGAGACAAGGACAAUUUGCUGAUUGAGGAUUGUUCAGAUUUGAGCAGUCUGAAUGAAUCGCCUUGCAUGCGGCACGGGAGGGAAGGGAGAGCGCUAAAGCACCACUUCUGUGGAGGAGGUGGGGGCGAGCGGACAUGAAGAAAACUCGCAGCACUACUCUACGCAGGGCCUGGCCCAGUUCGGACUUCUCCGACCGGGCCACGGAACGAACCCGUUCCCGCAGCGAGAAGGACUACAGACUUUAUAAGCACUACCCCAAGCCCUUCAGUACCUACUCAGUCUCACAAUCGCCUCGGAUAUACAUGCCUACAGGUGAUGUGUCUCCAAUCAGCAUGUCUCCAAUCAGUCAGUCCCAGUUCAUCCCACUGGGGGACAUCCUGUGCCUGGCCAUCUCGGCCAUGAACUCUGCACGCAAGACCGUCACACAGGAGACCCUCGUUGAACAUCUCGCUACAUGCUUCCCAGGAGUCCCAACUCCAAGCCUCGAGGUCCUGCGACAUACCCUCAACAUGCUGGUCCGAGAACGCAAGAUUUAUCCAACCACCGAGGGCUACUUCAUUGUUACCCCACAGACAUAUUUCAUUACACCCUCUCUCAUUCACACCAAUAGUAAGUGGUAUCAUCUGGAUGAGAGGAUACCUGGGGGUAUGCAGCCAUGCUCCUCCUCUCCCUCUGGCACCAUGACACCUUCUGCAUCAGGCUGUGUCAGGGAACGAUCACACCAUAAAAACCAUGCUGACCCCUACAGCGAUGGCUAUCGGGAGGAUAUACCCAGUAUGCACAAUUCCACACUGCAGAGAAGGACCAAGGAGCAUAAGGAACCCCCACAUCCAGUAUCUCCUCCUCAACAGUCCUCAGAGAAAAACAAAAGUACACUCAGCUUUGCAUUCAAGCCAGAAGGUAGCAACAGCAGGCAGAAGGAUGGGAGCAGUAGCGGUGGUGGCAGCGAGAAGCAAUCGAAGAAGUUUGGCCUGAAGCUUUUCAGGCUGAGCUUCAAGAAGGACAAGUCAAAGCAUCUUGCUACAUUCUCUGCCCAGUUUCCUCCUGAGGAGUGGCCGCUGAGGGACGAGGAGACACCUAGCACUGUCCCACGAGAUGUGGAGAUGGAGAUCAUUCGACGAAUCAACCCAGACCUAACAGUUGAGAAUCUGGCUCGCCAUACAGCCGUGAUGAAGCGGCUAGAGGAGGAGAAGGCUCAGAGAAGCAAAGCUAAUUCGUCAGCUCAGCACAGCACUCGGAGUAAACGCAGCCGUAGUCAUCGCAAGGCCCAACAGGGUAAAUCUUCAAGGUCCCACAGCAAAACACGUGCCUCUAGAGGGGAACGGUCUGAAGGCUCCAACCUGGAUAUAUCAUAUGACCGGGACUACAGGUUCUAUAGCUCAUCUCUGGUGCGCUCUCCAAGAGAGACAAUGAUGUCCAUGGAGAGAAACAGGGGAAAAUACAUAAUGCAUAGCAACCCAAACAUUGUGGAGUCCCACUUCACUACAGCGCCAGAGUGGGACGUGUCAGGAGAACUAGCCAAAAGAAGGACAGAGAUGCCCUUUCCAGAACCAUCCAGGGCACAGUCACAUUCCAAAGUUCAUCGAAGCCACAGCCACACCCAGGAAAGGAAAUCGCGAAAUGAAAGGUCAGAUAAGGCGAAAGAGAGGUCACGCUCUAUGGACAAUUCCAAGGGCCCUCUAGGAGGACCGUUCUUGGGCACUGUUGAAGACUAUGAGUGCAGUCCGGAUGAACGCAACCGGUAUUACACUGAUGAUGGGACUUUGAGGGCGUCUGCCCAGAAGAGCCACUACUCUCGUGCUAUGCACUCUGCUGCUAGGUUGAACUCUGAUAUUUGUGUGCCUGAUGUUGGAAGGGGGGCUCCAGAGGAUGCCAUGCACUGUAGAACGCUGGAGAAAAGUAAAAGCAAAGACUGUUUAACGGCCUUUACUGACCUUAAGGCCUGCUCUCUAAAAACACCUGUGGAUGACUAUUUCCAGCAUACAGCAGUGAAUGAGGCAUCCUACUCUGCUCAUUCUUCUCUUUCAAAAUCCAAUCAUGAUUUUAAAGAAGGUGUUUGGAAGGGGAUUUCUUCUGAACGUCCAGCUCCAAUUCUGACCUCACCUCAUCCUGUAGAGUAUAAUGACGAUUCCACAAUGGGACAGAACAGUUUAUCAUUAUCUGUGUCAAACCAGAUGCCAGAGCCUGUGCCCAAUGGACGCUUAGUGCACCAACACAACCCUGACUCAGGUGACUUGGAUAAAAUGGCAGAGGUUUACAACCAAGAGACCUUGUUCAAACCUGUGGACUAUGUGGAAAGCAGUUUCUCCAGGCCAGGGACGAUGCGCAAAGCUCCACACACAAAGUCCGUGGAGGUACUGGAGAACCAGGAACACUUUGAAGAUCCUCUUCCGUUGUCUGUACCAUCAUCGUCCGGCCAGGAGCAGGCUGCGUGCAUGGAAACCACCUUUGACUACUACAAUGUUUCAGAUGACGAGUCUGAGGACACUAGCCAUAAGAACAAAGUGGAGGAGAAAGUUCGGGAAGGUGGAGGGACAAUGAAGUGGCUAUUGGAGCGGGAGAAGGAGCGAGACCUCCAGCGCAAGUUUGAAAAGAACCUCACCUUUCUCAGUCCCAAAGAAGGGGAGAGCAGCAACAGCCAGAAGUCGGCCCACUCCACACGUCUGGACAGCAUGGACUCCAGCAGUGUGACUGUGGACAGUGGAUUUAAUUCCCCACGCACCCGCGAGAGCCUCGCUUCCAACACGUCAAGCAACGUGGACAAUAACCGACGACAGAACAUGGCUCUGAGUCCCAGGCACUUGGGCACCAAGAGACCUCCUCCUCCCUACCACGUACCUGCUUUCCGGCCUGUUCCUGAGCCGCCCGCCACUCGUCCAGAGAAACAGGCCUCCAUUACCAGCGUGUAGACGAGGAACUGGAGUAUAGAGGAAAGGACAACUCAUUAAAUGCACUGAAGCAGUGUCCAAUGAAAUGAAACACACACUUUAUUUUAGAUAACUUGGGAAUGGUUUAAAAACGAAAACACACAAUGGCUGAAGCUAUUUGUUGUAUAAAACUGCUCUCAUUAUUUGAUUUAAAUAUAUUGAUCUUAGGAA